AUGGUGAAGAAGACAAUGUCGUCUCUGAAACUGAUGUGUGAGAAUGAUAUGAUUGAACAACGACAGAAAAUCGAUUCCUUUAUGGCUAUGCAUUUCCAGAGAUCGAGAGAUUCUCCGUUGGAACGAGCUCAAGCCACUUCUCGAAGCCAAGUGAAGAACCGUAAAGAGGCUAGGCAAAUCGAGAUAAGCAAUUCGUUAACUGCUACACAAUCUAGAAUUGAAGUGCUUAGAAGAACCUUGAACUUACAAAGGUCUAAGAGAGAUGAGCAUAAGGCAAUUAUCUCUCAACAGUUACAAGGUUUAUCGGCAUCCACUGACAAUACUGGCAAAGUCAUUGAAGGUGAAGCAGAUAUCCAAGAAGCCAUCUCGUGGUACAAUCAGGUUCUUGGUUUUGACGUUGAAGCUGGACAUGGAGUUAAAUUCACAUUCGUCAACAUCGAUGCAAACAAUCCGAGUCGCGAAUUUUCAUUCACAGUGCACUACGGUGAUGGCUUUUACACACUAUUGGAUUGUGACCCGAAAUUGAAUGACAUCGAAGAGCUGCUUCAGGAACUGAAUGGUACCAAUAAUCUUUUCAGAUUUGUUCGUCUAAUGAAGGACGGAUUCGUGAAAGCGACCUUACCUAGGUUGUCAAUACACUCAGAAAAUCUGCAUCAGGAAACUUCAGUCGUGCCUGCAUCGGCCUCAGUUAUGUCGAAUUCGAGUGACACAAGCAUUCCUGCUCCAGAGAACAAGUGA